AUGGAGGAGUUCGACGAGCUCCUGCCGACGCCUGACGCCGAGGGCAAACUCGAGCUGUCGCACCGCGCCUGGCUCGACGUCGACGAGAUCGUCUGGACCAUGGGGCUCGAGGUCAUCACGCUGUCCCUCGCCUACAACCGCCUGAAGCACAUCGCGCCCGAGCUCGGCGACCUCAAGCUCCUGAAGGAGUUCGACUGCUCCUGCAACCGGCUCACGGCGCUGCCGUCGCGCAUCGGCGUGCUGCGCCACCUGAAGAAGCUCAAGUGCUCCGGGAACAACAUCGAGACGCUGCCGGAGGAGCUCGGCAAGUGCAACCAGCUCGAGGAGCUCAUCUGCUCCGAGAACAAGCUCGUCGCGCUGCCGCGCUCCGUCGGCAACAUGCGCAAGCUCCACACGCUGCUCGCGCAGAACAACUCGCUCGCGAUGAUCCCGCCGACGCUCGCGGACAUCUCGAAGACGCUCGUGACCAUCAACCUGCGGUCGAACCCGCGGCUGGACAUGAUCCCGAAGAAGAUCCGCGGCGACACGCGGCUGAUCAUGUGGGUCUGCAAGCUGCACCGCGAGAACGAGAUGGAGUGCCAGUUCGUGCUGGGCUCCAUCGACCAGCUCGAGGCGCUGAGCCGGGGCGCCCAGGAGCGGCACAAGAAGCUCAAGUCCGAGCUCAAGCGCUACGACGAGGACCGCCUCGAGCUCCUGCGGAACCUGCCCACGGGCAUCGACCGCGCCGUCGUCGUCUACGACCACCUCGCGAAGAAGCGCCUGCGGAACCGGCGCUGCGUCGUCGUCUGCCAGCACUGCGGCGCGGCCUGCGGCGGGUCCGAGCACCCACUGCUCCACUGCGUGGCGAAGCGCUGUCCGCUGAGCCGCGACGCGCUGGCGCAGGCGCUGAAAGAGCACGACGUGCGCGGCGUGUCCCCGAAGUGCGUCGUUUACUGCCGGAAGGGCUGCGGCGAGACCUACUGCGGCAACGCGUGCGAGGCCGCCGCGCGCGCCGCGGGCCACGGGUCGCUGUGCUGCGGGCCGCUGAAGGAGGACGACCCCAUGGUCCAGUUCCGCGUCCAGGCCAUGGAGUCGGGCCUCUUCGACGAGUUCGUCCUCGCCGCCAAGGUCCUGGCCCUCGCGGCCGAAAGGCCGAAGGGCGCCGCGGCCGCCUGGCUGAAGACCGCGGUCGCCAAACGCGCCGCGCCGCGCGGCCCGCGCUUCGAGGGCGUGCGGCCCGCGGCCCUCUGGAAGCUCCUCGUCGCCGGCGCGCCGGCGCUGGCCGAGAGCGGCGACGCCGCGGUCUUUGCGCGGCUCGUCGGCUACGUCGUCGAGGCCGCGGUCGCCGUCGAGCGGCCGUCUCCGCUCGUCGCCUACUGCAAGGGCGCCGUCGACGCGGCGGAGCAGCAGUUCCUGCUCGACUGGCUGCGCGAGGACACGGACGAGCAGCGGGAGGCCUACGCGCAGCAGGCGCUCAUCGACGGCGCGGCGCCCGACGGCGACGACUCGGACGGCGAAAGCGACAAAGCCCUGGACUUUUGCGACGUCGCCGUCGACGCGGAGAUCUACUUCGAAGGCUUCGAGGGCCUGGCCAUCAUCCCGGCGGCCAUGGCCCUGGACCACGCCUGCGCGCCGACGCACGCCGCGGCCGCCGCGCCCGGCGCGGGGCCGCUCCGCGUCGCGCUCGCGCCGGUGGACGGCGACCGGAAGACCUUCGCGAAGCGGACCGUCGCGCGCUGCGAGACGGCCGUGGACGUCGAGGAGCGCGGCGAGGCGCUGUUCAAGCGGGGCCUCGGCGACUGCGGCUGCGCGCGGUGCCUCUACGACCUCCACGGCGACGCGUCGGCGGACGCUCUCCGGGACAUCGCGGCGUGCGCGCAGGCCGACGGCCGCCACGAGGACGCGCUCGCCGCCUUCUGCGCCCUCCUCGUUCUAGCGCCGCGCGACGCCGACGCGCUCUACGGCCGCGCGCGCGUCACGGGCUGGAUGGACCGCUGGUCCGCCGAGCGGCGGCUCAUGCGCGCGGCUUUGGACCUGGCCCCCGACGACGCGCGCAUCAGGAAGCACGUCGGCGACGCCGACGCCUACCACGCGGGGGCCUGUGACGUCGCGGGCUGGGCGAAGCGGCGCGUGCCCUUCGAGGCGCUCGAGCGGCCGAAGAGCGACGACGACGACGACGAGCCGCCGGCGUACGUCUACGCGUUCGACGAACCGGUCGUUCCCGCGGCGUCCUGCGCCGACGCCAUCGCCAUCGCCGAGGCCCACGCGUCCCACGGCGGCGGCUGGACGACGGCGCGCCACUUCGCCGUGCCCACCACGGACGUGCCCGUGCGCGAGGUGCCGGCGUUGCUCAAAUGGUUCAACGACGCCCUGCGGUCGUCGAUCUUCCCCGCGCUCGGCGCGCUCUACGGGCUGGACCCCGCGCGGCUCCGCGUCAUCGACGCGUUUCUGGUCAAGUACUCCGCGGCGGCGCAGCGGUCGCUGCCGCUGCACAGCGACCAGUCGCAGAUCUCCAUCACGCUACCUUUGAACUCCUCCGCGGACUACGACGGCGGUGGCACCUACUUCCACGACCUGCGGCAGGCCGUGAACCGCGACGCGGGCGGCCUCGUGGCGUUCCCGGGGUUCCUGCCCCACGCGGGGCACGCGAUCACGCGGGGCACGCGCUUCGUCGUCGUCGCCUUCCUCUACGAGUACCGCGAGGCCGACGAGGAGGAGGACGUCGUCUUCGGCGACGACGACGACGACGACGAUCUCGAAACGGGCUUCGAGGACCUCGACGUCGGCGCCAAGAAGGCCGCCGCGCCUGCGGCGGCCGAGGAGGCCAAGGACGCCGCGUCGCCGGCCGAGGACGCGGCGCCCGCCAAAAAAAAGGCGAAGAAGGCGCCGGCGAAGAAGAAGGCGCCCGCCGGCCCGAUCCCGCGGUCGCCGCUCGAGCGCGCGGCGCCGCCGGACGGCGCGAAGACUCUGAAAGUCGUCAGCGUGAACGUCGCGGGCCUGCGGGCGGUGCUCGACGAGGCCAAGGGCCCCGAGAAGCGCGACGCGCUGGCCGCGCUGGUCGCGUCGGAGGCGCCGGACGUGCUCUGCCUCAACGAGCACAAGCUCAAGGACGAGGACGUCGACGAGGCGAAAGAGAAGCUCGCCGCGCUCCUCCCGGCCUACUCGCGGGCCGAGUUCACCUGCUCGGGCCCGCCGGGGAAGAAGGGCUACAGCGGCGUCGCCAUGCUCUUCAGGGACGGCGGCGCCGUGCCCGCGGACGCGGAGGUGACGCGCGGCAUGCCCGGCGUCGACGCCGCGGCGGACGACGACAUCGUCAACCACGAGGGGCGCCUCUUGACGCUCGCGCUGCCCGGCACGUUGUCGCUCGUCGCGACCUACGUGCCCAACAGCGGCCAGGACCUCAAGCGCCUCGCCUACCGCACGGAGGCCGGCGGCUGGGACCGGAGCCUCGCGGCGUACGUCGCGUCCCUCAAGGCGGCCGGCCCCGUCGCGGUUAUAGGCGACCUCAACUGCUGCCACGCGGCCGCGGACAUGCACAACAUGCACGCGCGGCCGAACUUCGAGGAGCUCAACUCGGGCGACGUCGCCAUCGAGGACCAGUACGCGGGCCUCUCCGCGAUCAAGAAGCAGGCGGGCCUCACCGUCGAGGAGCGCGUGUCGUUCACGAAGCUCCUCGACGACGCGGGCCUCGUCGACUCGUUCCGGCGCCAGCACCCGGCGGCGACGGGCGUCUUCACCUACUACUCGCAGCGCGUCGUCGCGAACCGCCCGGCGAACAGGGGCCUCCGCCUCGACUACGUCCUCGCGACGCCGGACCUCCUCGAGGACGGCGCGGCGCCCGCGCUCGUCGACUCGUUCGUCCUCUCCGACGCCGACACGCCCCAGCUCGCGGACCACACGCCCGUCGGCGCGACCUUCGUCCUCGAGUAAAGCGAAGACGCCGCGGCGAGCGCGUAGAUGUC